CCGCAGGGAAGAAAUGCUGGAGGAGGCACAGCGGAGUGGGGGAAUGCAGCAGGCAGGCAGCCUUCCGUGGGGUCCACCACAGUCUUCAUCCCUUAGUGGUGUCCUCUCCGGAGCCCGCCUCCGCCCUCACUGUAACUCUGUCUGUGUUGCUUUUCUUUUUCUCAUAUGUGUCGUGUUGCACUCAAGGCUCUUGUAGCGUUGCGCACAGUUUGGUAUAAUUCCGGUGGAUCGGUGACGGCUCGGUAUGGUCCUGUUAGGGGGACGGGCGGGCGGGGCCGUGGCAGGGUACGCGUGGAAAUUGCUUGCAGGUCAUGUAGUGAGGGUAGAUUGGACGUAGUCGUAGCGUUUCUAACUGGGGCGUGUGAGUGCUGGGGGUAGCUUCAUCACAAGUAAGCUUCUUCUUAUCAUCCCCAUGUCAGUUUUGUCCAACUAGCGCUUGUUCGAAACAGACCUGAGCCGACGGCUAUUUACUGGUCGAGUUUUGGAUCUACGCUAUCAGGGCUUGUUUCUCAGUAGUUGAUGGACAAUUCCUGAUUGUUGUUGAGAAGUGGGGUCUCUUCAAGGUUCCUGUCAAGUGAAGGACGGAGGAUUUGAGGUUAUUGUAGCGAGAACGGUGUCGAGUUCUGUGGUGAUCACACCAAAAGGAUCGCAUGUGAUUAAGCUGCCGCGCAAGACGUGUACGUGAAGUGACCGAAACAUGUACUUGAGUCGGUGGAAUAUGUGUCCCAUCGUGUUUGGCGAACUAUCCUGUUCCGAUACCGUCGGAAGCUACCUCUCAGUGCCUUGAUAAAAGCCUUCGAUACGUAUCCGACGAUUUCAUGCGUCACCAAUAGGACAAGUUUUUGAAUUCGGAUUUAUGUCAACCAGUGGCGGCUUUCUAAUCCCCGUUUAAUUAAGUGAGGUUAACUAGUCUCGUUUUGUGCAUCAGCUUAAUAUUUUGAUAACUUCGUUACGACCCCAAAUGCUGUAAUGAUCAUGCACAACAAAUCGUGAAGCUUCAUCGCACACGUCAAGUACGUUGCACCAUUGGAAGCAUCCGCUUCGAGACAGUUACCUUCAGACCCUACACGCCAGUGCAUACUACUGAUUGGUCACCAGACGCCUAUCUAACGAGCACAGGAAGACUCAUGAGUUCAUGUAGUGAUUGGUAUCUCAUGUCUAAUAUUAUUUGAAUGCGACCUGUUUCUACCAGCUUAACAAAAGUGAGGGUUUCCACCAAGAGUCUUUCAAGCAUGACCGAAAAAAGAAGAAAAAGUGCUUUAUUUGAUUGUGAAUCAUAUUGUAGACGUUAUUGGUCGUGACCUUCACAGGUGGGGUGGAUUCCUGAAGCUGUAACGACACGCCUGGGAUUGCCUGUGGACACCAUAAAAAUUGCAUUGGCUUUCACUAGGGUUCCACUUAACUAGAUACGUGCCUCCAGAAUUGGUUCCUACUCCCCUCGAGUUAACAGCGAUCAGCCACGAGCUAGAUGGUUUGCUUGCAAAGCGUUUCACCUCAGUGGUGUCAUGAGUUACAAGAGCAGGCUCGGUGUCAAGCCUGCAUAUCAUCCCCAUCCCCGUAGCCUUUGCCACCGUCGAGUUAUCUUUCUCCGACAGUGGAUGCUAGGACGCUGGGUUGUUCAAAGGCAGCUCAUCAGUGGCAUGAUCCCCAGGUCAUUCAAUCAGUAGUACGUUCGUGUUUGUGGAAAAAGAGGGUGCAAGAGGGGGGAAUCACGUUGGCGUCUCUGGGAAAAGACGAAGCGAGGGGACGAAGUUUUUGGUUCCUGGGGAAAGUGGUAAGGGUAGUCAGUUGAAGCAGUCGGCAGGUAGAGAGUUUUGCGAGUUAGUGAACAGCAGUGACAGAAAAACUGAGGCAACAACCAUCGAAGGGAGCUGGAGGAGGGCUGGGAUUCGACUCAUGGGUUGGAAGAAUUACCAGAACCAUCACUCAUAGAAUAAGGAGGCUGUUACAGGGACUGUGAUCAGUUGGGAAUUUAGGGUGCAGGCAGACUGGAAUCUCAAGCGGACAGUUCAGGCCAGAAAUAGAGGACGUUCGAGGAGUAGCACAUGCGUGGAGGCUUGAGUAAUUUUGAAUCCGUAACAACAGGCUUAGUUAGGUCGCGUUCCUCUUGGGGCGGAAGCUCAUCGACGUUUGGGGAAGGAUCCGGCAGGUACGCUACCUCCAUGAGCAGUGGUGCCCCAUGCGGGGCCUGCAAAUUUCUAAGAAGGAAGUGCGUUCGUGGUUGCAUCUUCGCUCCUUAUUUCGGAGCGGAACAAGGUGCAGCCAGGUUCGCAGCUGUCCACAAAAUUUUCGGCGCCAGCAACGUCGCGAAGCUCUUGCUACACAUCCCAGUGCCAAGGCGAUGCGAUGCAGUCCUCACUAUCAGUUAUGAAGCUCAAGCCCGUCUCUCGGAUCCUGUUUACGGUUGCGUGGCCACCAUCUUCGCCCUUCAGCAGCAGGUAGCAAGCUUACAAGCGGAGCUGGCGAUGGUGCAAGCUCAACUCGUCAACAGACAAGCAGUGGUUCAUCAAAUUCACCAGCACCAGCAGCAACAUCAUCAGCACCAUCACCAUCUGCAGCAACAACACGAACAGAUUAGCACCAUGUCUCCAGGACAUGUCCCCUCGUCGGCGUAUAUGCAGCAACACGAGCACUCUCAGCUAUCACCCUCAGACAUCUCCAUGUCGAUACCGAGUGGGUCAGGAUCUGUCAAAGAAGAAGGUAACAGCUUUCUCGGAAUGCAGCACUACGGUGAUUUGGGACUGGGCUCCAGCAGCCUCGAACCAAUGUCCGGAAAUCAACACAGCCUUCUGGAAAAUAUACACAAGCCACGUGGAGGCGGCGAAAAUAUUGAGCAGACGGAUCAUGAAGGGGACCUCCAAGCCUUAGCUCUACUCCUCCGACGAAAAUAGUUUUGAAAAUGCAAGUUUAAUUUGCAAGCCAGUGUUUUCCUGACAUCCAUGUGUCUGGGUGCACUUUUACCAGCACACAUUCACGUUCAUCUUCUCAAAACAAAGUUAAAAAAAUUUCUUUCGCUACUACUAGGCGCUAGCUCUAUUCAUCUACAGAAGCGGCCUUAGUUGUGUAUCAUGUUACAUGGAACCUUCACUUUGGUAAAUGUGAAGUGGGCAGUGCAGCGACUCCUUUGGUGCCACGAAUCGACCGAAAGUAGAAGCUGAAAUGUCUAUUUAGUUUAUGAACACCAUUUCAGUUGAUUCCUCGAUGCAGCAGCCAGGAUGAAGCAGAAAAGUUUUUUUUUUAAUUUUUUAUUCAGGUACGAUCAGUCCAAGAAAUGUGAGAAUUCCAGUGCGGCAGAUAUGAGGUAGUCCACCACCAAAGUAUCAUAAUGAUAAGCUAAUAGGUUUACUAGUGAAGGUUAACACGAGGCACUCGUAAUAACAGUUUCUAGUUGCCUGCAUGAGGUAGAAUUAAUCCACCCUGUCAGAAUCGGGCUAGAGAUAAAUCAGGGACGGAGGUCCAGCUUAGAGAUCAAAAUAGAGGGUGAUCGGGGUAAAAGAUCCAUCUGACAUUGAGAUCGACGUCUACCGAUCCACACGUUACAAGUAGUCACUAGGUGUCACGCGUGAGUGGCUACUGACAGGCGAAUGUGAUAGGGCAGCAGUUUGGAUUGUUUCUCUUAGAGCUAGUUCUAUCCGAGUUCUUAUGUGGAAGGUAUUAGCUUAAAACAAACGAUACAUGCCUGCGUACUGGAGCAUUCCCUUGUUCUCUCAAUCACAAGUCUUUUACUUAGAUUUAGUUGUUUCAUUCAUCUCGUGCAAAAUUAUAGUCUCCGGGGUCAUAUUUGUGAUUCUAUGUUCAGAGUUUUUAUUCUUACUAUGCGUUCCGUUUAGGAACCCAACCCAUUAUGUCUGA